UAACAGCAGGUCUUGUCCUCGAACCGCGAGGAUCCAAGUUUCUCUUCACCUCUACCUCUUUGUUGUCAUCUUCCUUUCCUCCUUUUAAAUUUCUUUAUAGCUUCACGCAUCCCGGGUUGCAUCACUGUCUCAAUGGCUAGAAAGAGCCAGUCUGUCUCGUUCCCACCUACGGCACUUGGAGGUAUCGGAUCAGGCCUACCACCACCAGCGAUGCAGACCAGUGCUCCCUUUGUUACAUCUGACGCGCCCAAGAAUGAGGAUCGCCGGUCGUUGCCUCAGGGACGGUCAUUCCUGUGGGGCUUGUUUUCGUCGUCGUCGUCGCCCAAGGAACCCAAGAAUGUGCGAACGAAGCUAUCCAAGGCGCCACCGACGGCCUUCAGCACAACUAUGAAGUCCCUGCCGGAACCCAGAAUUGGAAGCAUCUCGCCGGAACUGUACAACGACCCCGCUUUCUCGUCUGAUCCGCGUUCCCAUCUUCUCUCCAAUUCCUAUUAUUUCCUUGGUCCUGUUCCACUGCCCGGACAAUCCUCCUUGAAACACGAGCAACCCAUUGAUGACAGUUCUCGCCAUUCAGAACAGUCAAAACAGUCAUCGGUUUCUCCCACAGACAUCAAAGUUUCCGGGGUUACUCCAUCCUCAUUUGUCAGUGCUGGUCCCUCUUCUUCCGCAUCUACGCCGUCUUUAUCUUUCGUACAAACUCCUUCCCCCGUAACAUCUACUCCUUCAUCGUCAACGUCCCACGCGACCGCCAUGCCACCAUUACAACCGUUGACUGCUGAACCUCGUUCACGUUCACCUCACCAUCCAGCAACGUAUAAACUACGCAUUCAUAAUCCUGACAUAUCCAACGAUGAUCCUCCUUCAUAUGAUGAAAGUACGAGCAUUCCCAUUCGUUCUGAAAAGCGUGGGGAUCCUCGCAUAGACAACUCGCCUCCUUCAGAAGCAGAACCAUCUGCUGCAGCGCUCCGGGAAUCGCCUACUCACUCUCAGCGAACAUCACCGUACGAAACACGUUCACACUCGCCUGCACGUUCAUUUUCUUCCCCUAAUCAUUCUGCCCUGGUGGCAGACUCUCAAGCAUCCCAGCCACCACAGUUACCCCCUCAGAAUAUACCCCAACAGAUGUAUCAAUAUCAGCAGCAGCCGGCACAGCGCCCAUCUACUUCUCGCCACACCACACCAGAGAAGUCACAUCCCGAGGAAGAAGCGCCGCAGCCAACACGCAGAAACGCGCCACUCAUUCUUCGAUAUGACCCUCCUCCAGAACCCCAGCCCACGGCUGAGGAACAUCACCAGGCCCGUGCUCAGGCCAAGCGUGGCCGGGCGAAUCAGCUGGAUCCUAUCGAUGAACUGGAUCAAACGAAUCCACUUGGUAUGAGAUUGCACCAUGGCGGGCCUUACGAGGCUAUACAGAAGGUUGUCAAUUCCAAAAACAAGGAGCAACAGAAUCGUCCUCAGAGAAACCAUAGCAAUUCUUCCGUUGAGAAUCUGCAGACUAGUGCAGCACCCGCUCCAUUUACACCUUUUGGUGCACCACUAAACCUAACUCCGGGACAGAUCCUCCCACAUAAUUUCCAGCUUUAUUCCCAAGCCCGUCCUCUCCAGAAUCAGGUUUCGACGCGUCAACAGCAAGCUCCCAGUCAGGAUUCAUACCAAACCCGUCUAUAUCAGCCAGCAGAUGUGCAACCGCAUCCCCUGCGAAGUCGCUCGUCCUCUGGUCAAGUACACCGAGCAGCUGAUCAAGAUCAAUAUCAGCGUGGUACCGGUGUACCAUUCAACCCAUAUGACCUGGGCCCUAUACACCAUUCUCAGUCCCAUCAGGCUCCACGAUCUCAUCAACCAGUUCCGCCCGUCACUCAUCCCGCCGUCCCGGCCGUUCGGCCAGCUCGGUCUAACCAAAGUGUGCGACAAAGUCCACGACCCGUUACUCCAGUUCAUGAGGACGAGGAUGCAUACGGGGGUAUAGUAGAUGCAUAUGGAGGAAUAGAAGAAGAAGAGGCACCAGCUCUGGCGCCCAUGGCACAUAGGUCGGAACGCAGAAGUGCUCCUGUGCCUGCACCUGCUGCGAAUGUUACACCCGGUUUGAACCUACAGCGUUCGCAGACCUCGGUCACUCCACGAUAUCCUAAUGUUCCCCUCGGUUCUGCCACGCUCCGGGCCGAACCCAUUAACGUCCCUCAACCGACACCUUAUCCUUCGUCUUACGAUGGUCACGGAAGGUCCAAUGUUUCCUACACUCAGCCUCCUCCUCACGGGACACCGUACGAAAGCAAUUCUAGAAUACUUGAUCCUGUUGGAUACGAAGCCAGUCGAAUGCGACAGCCAUUCAUGGAUCAGCACAACCAGCCACCACCACAACGUAUGGCACAGGCAAUGGCACCGCAACCAAUGGCAACUCCACGCAUGGUUUAUCAACAACUGGCGCCUCAGCAAAGGCCACCUCCUCCCGUUAGGCAACUGGCACCAAGCAUUCAGUCUUCGUCUUCGGCUUAUCGGAAUGGGCCUCCCCCAAAACAUCUUCCCAGCAAUCUAGUAAUGCCUACUCCUCUGCAAAACGCGCCUCCGAAAGCAUCUUCGGUGUCUCAACCACACCGCAUAGAUCCUCGACACCAAGCAUCGUCUCAAUUCUCUGUGCAUCAUCAACCUCCACGACCGAGCACUGCUCCUUCAAAGGGUUUCGGGGUGGUGAUGCUACCUUCGGAGAAUCAGAAGAUAGUGAGGAAGGGAAGCAGUGUAGCAGCGCGUGUUCCUACAACGGGGGUGGCAUUCGCGGCAAGUAUUGUUGACCCGACGUUUACGCGGCAGGCGUCUGUGAAACCCAAGGCGCUGCCUGUGCAGAAACAGAAGGUUCCUAAGAGGGUGCUGAGCAAGAAAAGAGUCGAUUUUUGAUGACUAGUAAUGAUUUCUCUAUCUCCGUGCAGACCGUAUACCUGUGUUUUUGAUGUAAUCUUGCUUUCGUUGUACCGUCCACAUAUCGAAUACUUCAUCUAUGUAGUCUAAUAUCUCUUUGUGGACCUGUAUAGUGUAUCUUAUUAGCAAAUAGAAACUCCGUCAUUUUCAUGCAUGAUUGAAGAAUAUUUAUACAGGUGCG